AUGGCGGCCGCUGCUCUCCUCUCCUUUACGCGCGCGCGCACGCACGCACGAACGCGCGACGACGCCGCGGCCGCCUCCUCCCUCAUCACUUUGGGAAUGAUGACACUGCGCCGGUCGCCGAGCGUGUAUGCGGCGACGGCCGAGGUAGAACGGAGCCUCCCUGUCGCCACCUUCAGGCGACGUCCUUCCUCGUCGUUCGGCCGCAACAGUCUAACGCAAAAAGAAAGUUGGGAACGUUCUGCCGAGGAGCGCCCUUCGGAGCCGCCUUUUCGGAUCGCUCUGGAAACGCUGCCCCCUGAGAUGCUGCUGAAGAUCCUGUCCCACCUGGACGCCGGCUCGCUGCUGAGCCUGGGCCGCGUCAACAAGUUCUUCCGCUCCCUCGCCAACGACGAGUACGUCACGCCGGCGCGUCUCGUCGGACGCCGUCGUCCUGACUCGCGCGCCUGCUUCUUGUCCGUUAGAGUCACGUGGUGCAAGAUUCACGCGGCUGACUUGGGGCGCGAAGUGCGGGAGCCCGACUCGGAGCCCCCGCCCGGCGGCUGGAAGAAGCAUUACCUGUGGAAGAUGGGCGGGGAGGAGCUCCGCAAGUGGAAAACGGCGUCUCUGUCAGACCCCUUGACCGGGCUGCCGCAGAACGUUCGCCACAUUCUUAGAAACAUCAACGCGUCGUUCGAGGUGACGCUGCGCGAGAGCACGGGCCGAGAGGCGGCGCCGAAGCUGACGUGCGUGUCCGUCUUCAAGACGUCCGUCACGCUGACCUUUGACAGAAGUCAUCUGGUGCGCCGGUCGUACCUGGACUCCAUCCGGCUGAGUGCCGUCCGCAUCCGACCGGGCGGACAGGCGCCGUGGCGCUCGCUCAUCUGUCGGACGGACCCCGACCGCUUCUGUGCGCUUUCUCGCUUUCUGGGAAAAGACGGCCUGUUUGACGUCAUCUCCUACCCGCCGAGCUUCAUCGUCGGCUUCUGGAGGUGUCGCCGAACCGUAGCGUUCGUCAUGGUCUGCCUGCACUUGGACAAGCUGCUGGAGAGGAGUCUCCUGGGAACGCCGCUCAGCCCCUACUGGGAACCCGAGAGCCGUCUGCGCGCUCCGCCCGAGUCCCGCGCGUACACGCUGCACUUGGGCCUCCACGACACGGCGCGAGAGAUCGCGUCCAUGUACUACCACCCGCUCUCCUCCGCGCCAGGUCGCUCGAUCACGCUGCGCCCCAUCCGCGGAGACGACGUCUCGCAGCACCGCCCGCUGACCGGAGACCUCAAGCUUCUUUUCAAUGAACCGCGCAGGUGGCUGCACAGUUGCUUUCAGAAUUGCUGCGUGAUGACGCUGACGGUGCAGGCGGAAGGCUACAAGCCGCUGUGGUGCUUCGCCGCGCCCGUCUCCGCGCGACCGGUCGGGAGGCUUCCGAGAGGCCGCCACGUCCUGUUGUCGCACAGGGACCGUUGCGGCCAGGCCGCCUUAAGGCUGGUGUACGAGAAGGAGCUGCGCUGCUUUUUCGCCAUCGACUUGGCGGUCACCGUGUUCUGA